UUUGUGCUGGAGGCAGCAGCCCCUACCCAGCACAGAGGGGUCUCCAGAGGCUAGCUGUAGUUGGGGAGCUGGUGCCUUUGCUCCAGCCUUGCUGGAACCCUUUUCCCCCUCCCCUUUUUGUAAGACUUGGGUAAUUCCCUUGCACACCUUCCUGACUCCUGAUUUAUUCAUUCAGGUGUUCAAGAUGUCAUUGAAGGUGCAGACGAGCAACAUAACGAACAAGAAUGACCCCAAGUCCAUCAACUCCAGAGUCUUCAUCGGCAAUCUCAACACAGCUGUGGUCAAGAAGUCAGAUGUGGAGACCAUUUUCUCCAAGUACGGCCGCGUGGUGGGCUGCUCCGUUCACAAGGGCUAUGCCUUCGUACAGUACUCCAACGAAAGGCACGCUCGUGCCGCCGUGCUGGGUGAGAACGGACGCGUGCUUGCAGGCCAGACACUGGAUAUCAACAUGGCUGGGGAACCUAAACCUAACAGACCUAAGGGGCUGAAGAGAGCAGCCUCCACAUUAUACAGCGGCUAUGACUUCGACUAUGACUAUUACAGAGACGAUUUCUACGACAGGCUCUUUGAGUACCGGGGCCGGGUGUCUCCGGUGCCCAGGGUGGUUCCAGUGAAGCGGCCGCGGGUCACCAUCCCCCUCGUCCGGCGUGUGAAGGCAACUCUCCCUGUCAAGCUCUUCGCUAGAUCGGCUGCCAUUGCCAACAGCUCGGCCAAGCUGAAGUUGAAGUGCAGUGAGCUUCAAACCAUCAAAACUGAGCUGACACAGAUCAAAUCCAACAUCGAUGCUCUGCUGGGCCGGCUGGAGCAGAUUGCUGAGGAACAGAAACAGUCCACAGAGGUACGGAAGAAGGUGGAUGGCAGCAAAAGCGAAGUCUCACAGGAAGACACAGCGUCAGAGGCAGAGGUCAACACAGAGGAGCCACUGAAUGGAGAUGAGGGAGAGGAGGAGGGCCUUGCACGGGAUGAGUGUGAAGAUGAACUGCCCAUUUAGAACAGCAGUGAGCGAUGGUGUGAGGAAAGCACGAGGCUAAACCCUGCCCUGGCACGUUGAGCAAGACAAGCUAAAUUGAAGUGCUGCUGUCAUCUCUACCUGGCAUUCAAAAGGAGAAACAUGGCCCAACAUCUUCCACCCAUCUGUAAAGCAAAGACAAAGAAAACUCAUCCCAGCAGAUCCCCACGACCCCGUGCAAUGGAUUCAGAGCUCUGCAGCGAGCACAGGCAGCAACCAAACCCUGCGUGAUCCAUAAUCACCCCUGGCUGGGUAUGGACCCAGUGAGUCAGAGAUGAUACAGGGCUGUUGGCAGGAGAGGAAGGACAACUAAGACCAUCUCAAUAAAGACUUUUUUUUCCCAUGCUAGGUGAGAGCCAGAGCAUUUGGUAACUGGGGGAAAAGUACUGUCUCAGUUUGGACAAUUUGUGUUCUCACACUUAAGGUCACUUUGAGGAACAGGGUGUGGGGUGAGCUCUUCUGCCAGAGCGGUCACCUCCUGCUGUGGCUCUCAUCCCAUGCGCUGCUUCCAGGCAGACAGGAGCUGGUGGCUGUGCAUGUGCUGUGCUCUUUGCAGCUGCUUGAAGAGAGGAGAAGGUAAGGAGAUGCUGCCUGCAGGAGAGCAAGUGAUCCAAAGCAGGAGAAACAAGACAUGCGUCGUCUUCAGCCAUACAGCAGAAAAGAGGUGCAAGCAUGCAUCAAGCAGGUGGAUGCAACCUUCUGGAGCAGCAGCUCCCUGGAAGGGCUGUGACCCAUCUCCAGCCAGAGCAGUCAGCCCCUGCCCUGCUGCUCACAUCUGUUCCUCAGCUGGCUCUCCUGAGUCUCUGGGGCAUCAGGACAGUGCUGUGCAGCUGCUGACCACCACAGCUGUGCUCCAUCAUCCAAUGGCUCUGCAGUGCAGCUCCUGAGCGUGCUGAGGCCGAUUACAGUGACCCCAGCACAACGUGUGUGAGUGUGCAAGCAUCUCUUUCUCCUGCUUUUGACCCAUGCCACGUCCUGCAAGUAGGAGGCUGAAGCAGUCCUUUCUCACUACAACACCCAAGAAGUCUCUCAGCCCUUCUCAUCUUGUUCCUUCCUCUUCCAUGUGCUUAUGCAGUUUUUCUGGGUUCAGAGGCAGAUGGGGCUGAGACUCACGCAGCACUUUAUUCAGAUCAGUUGUGUCCUGCCCAUCUCCCCUCUGUUUCCCACUCCCCCUCCAAAACACACACACAAUCAGUGCUUUGAAUCCAGAAUGCUGUCCACACCUUCUCCUCAGUCCAACAGCCCAUGUGCACCCCCCGGACUGCACAGGGUGCUCUGAAAGGGGACUCCUGCUUUCUGCUCCAGCGCUCAAAGCCAGACCUCUUCUACAGCAUCUCUCUCUGAAGGGUGGAGGGGAGAACAGGUCAUGGGGGCACCGCUUCCCUGCCCAGAGGACCAUCCUGGAGCAAGCAUGGCUCUUGAAGCACAAUGUUUUAUUUGCAUUUCUUAGUUUUGAAUAAGUCAUGAGGGAAUUAAGGGAUCACCGUGCUUUCCCCUACCUUUUUCCGGUUCCUGUACACUUUAUCCAUUGUGUUGUACUGAGCCGUUGUAGAGCUGUUUUCUAGGCUUUGAGAGAUGAGCUGCGGUUUUUGCUAUGAACUGGCUGUGAUGCUGCUGUCUGGGAGAAAGGUGACCUUGUACAUACGAUCCUGUAUAAUAAAAGAAAGAAAU